UCCAGGUAAACAAAAUGCCUGGCAGUGCACGAUAUCACAUUUGGCUGUAGUCGUAAAAGCUUUCAGUGUGCUGUUAGCUAAGAAAUCUGUUGUUGCAAACUUAAGAAUAUGUGAAGCUGUAUUAAAAAUCACCAGUGUUAUAACUCAGAAGGCAAGUUGAAACCACUGGUUGGAGCAACACAAGAAACUGCAUGUGUUUUGCUGGCAGCUGAGAUGGAUGAAAUAGGAGUAGACAACCACAUAUCGUCUGCUGAAGCAGAAAAUGAGACCAACAACCAGGAUGCAUAUACCUACCAAGCUAUAGAUGCCUUGAUGAACAGCCCGGAACAAACUUAUGAUGAAUUUAUGGAAAACUUUAUGUUCUUGAAGAAGGGCGAUGUUGUCAGACCAACGCCAGUCCCUGUAGAAGCACCUGUGCCACAAGUUGCUGCUAGUCGUGAUAACGUGUCCGUCCAAUCUGUUGCUCAAGAGAGAGUUGACUGUGAUUUAGAUGUGGAGAUACUUGAAGAAGGCACACAAACCCCAAGUAUCUUUACCCGUCAGUCAAGUGAUGGCACAGCCUCAGUGCAGCUUGACAACUUUGUUGAAGAUGAAGGAGAGGAGAACUUAUCAGAUGAAGAAGAUGGUUGCAAGGCUGUGUGGGAAGAUGUCACCAGUGAAGAAAACACAUAUCAGGCUAGCUUUACUCCUACUGAUGCAAAAAAAGAGAAAGUACCUUCACCUGUUUCCACAGCAGAGCAUUCAAAACAGGAAAGAAUGAAAGCCAGCAUUGAAAUCCAUGACAAUCACACGCAAGAUGCAAUACCUUUCAUGCCAGAAGAUACAGGAGUUGCGUUAUACCCUGGUGAAGUGGAAGAGGUUCAGCAGAGUCCCAGAGAAAAAGAUAUAAGAAAAAUUUCUCAGUUGGAUUUUUCAACAGCCACUGGUGGCCCUGUUGUGGCAGAAAAUAAAGAAUCUCAGGGGGAAAAAGAUUUACCCACCGAUCCAGAUGAAGUCCAGCCUUUCUCACUGGAUGAGGACUUUGAUUAUGAUAAUGUUGUCCUUACUCCAAAAUUUUCCAGUGAAGAGAUGGAAAUGAUGAGGAUUGCCCGGCAAAAUAAUGGCUUCAUCUGAGAGACGUCUUAGCUUUACCCGAUUGAAUUUUCAGUCCAAACUUUUGAUGUAAUUUUUUAGACUUUUUAGUAUAUUUUAGUAUAUUUUAUACCUUCACAUACUGGCCGUGAUUAAUGUGAUGAUAGAACAGUUAAUACAGGGACCAAUUAAUCUAAUAUCUAUUUAAAACACUAAGUCUAGUACUUACUGCAAAACCAUGCAAGUUAAAGAUACUUUGGUCUAGAAUCUAGAUAAAUGUCAGAGUUGAUAAAACCUGACAAGGUGUUGAUGAUAGUGUUACGAAAAGUUUUUGAUUAACAGAUUUUGUUUUUAUACAAAGUAAGUGAUGUUUUAUUUCAUUUUCAAGCACAUUUUACUGUUAUUUUUAUCUUGAAAAUUUUUGAACUUGCAACAGAUGAUAUUCUUCAAUAAAUUUUUAAGUUAUUAACUUUCA